GCUGCUCUUGCGGAGGUCACUCCGGAGACGCUGUUGGCUGCGGGCUGCGGGAGCCGGUGGCAUUAUGUGGCGCGUCUGUGCGCGACGGGCCCAGAAUGCCGCCCCGAGGGCAGGAGUCGGGGCUCGGUGGGCGGCCUUGCGGGAGGGACCCGGAGCUCCAUGCGUGACCCCGCAGUCUGGUCCGGCUCCGGCGCGUUGCAGCAGAGCAACCGCGGUGUAUGGCGGAGUCCGGGCGCUGUGCGGGUGGAGCCCCAGCUCUGGCGCCACGCCGCGGAACCGCUUACUGCUGCAGCUUCUGGGCUCGGCCGGCCGGCGCUGGUAUAGUCUCCCUCCGCAUCAGAAGGUUCCAUUGCCUUCCCUUUCCCCCACAAUGCAGGCAGGCACCAUAGCCCGGUGGGAAAAAAAAGAAGGGGAAAAAAUCAAUGAGGGUGACUUAAUUGCAGAGGUUGAAACUGAUAAAGCCACUGUUGGAUUUGAGAGCUUGGAGGAAUGUUACAUGGCAAAGAUACUUGUUUCUGAAGGUACCAGGGAUGUUCCAGUGGGAGCAGUCAUCUGUAUCACAGUUGGAAAGCCUGAGGAUAUUGAGGCCUUUAAGAAUUACACCUUGGAUUCCGCUGCAGCGGCACCUACCCCUGCACCGGCCCCUGCACCAGCCCCUGCUGCUUCACCUCCUCCGCCUUCUGCUCAGGCUCCUGGUAGCUCAUAUCCCCCUCACAUGCAGAUACUUCUUCCUGCCCUCUCUCCCACCAUGACCAUGGGCACAGUUCAGAGAUGGGAAAAAAAAGUGGGUGAAAAGCUAAAUGAAGGAGACUUACUGGCAGAGAUAGAGACUGACAAGGCCACUAUAGGUUUUGAAGUGCAGGAAGAAGGCUAUCUGGCAAAAAUCCUGAUCCCUGAAGGCACGAGAGAUGUCCCUCUAGGAACCCCACUCUGUAUCAUUGUAGAAAAAGAAGCAGAUAUAUCGGCAUUUGCUGACUACAGGCCGACUGAAGUGGCUGAUUUAAAACCGCAAGCACCACCACCUGUCCCACCCCCGGUGGCCACAGCUGCUCCAACUCCUCAGCCUUCUGCCCCUACACCUUCAGCCGCCUUGCCAGCUGCUCCUGUUGGACCGAAAGGACGGGUGUUUGUCAGCCCUCUGGCAAAGAAGCUGGCAGCAGAGAAAGGCAUUGAUCUUACACAAGUGAAAGGGACAGGACCAGAUGGCAGAAUCACCAAGAAAGACAUUGACUCUUUUGUGCCCACUAAAGCUGCUCCUGCUCCAGCAGCUGCUGUUGCUCCCCCUAGUCCAGGAGUGGCACCAGUUCCCACAGGUGUUUUCACAGAUAUACCAAUAAGCAACAUUCGGCGAGUUAUUGCACAGCGGUUAAUGCAAUCGAAGCAAACCAUACCUCAUUAUUACCUUUCUAUUGAUGUAAAUAUGGGAGAAGUUUUGUUAGUACGGAAAGAACUUAAUAAGAUGUUAGAAGGCAAAAGCAAAAUUUCUGUCAAUGACUUCAUCAUAAAGGCUUCAGCUUUGGCAUGCUUAAAAGUCCCUGAAGCCAAUUCUUCUUGGAUGGACACAGUUAUAAGACAGAAUCAUGUUGUUGAUGUCAGUGUUGCCGUCAGUACUCCUGCGGGACUCAUCACCCCUAUUGUGUUUAAUGCACAUAUAAAAGGACUGGAAACUAUUGCUAAUGAUGUAGUUUCUUUAGCAAGCAGAGCAAGAGAGGGCAAACUACAGCCACAUGAAUUCCAGGGCGGCACUUUUACAAUCUCCAAUUUAGGAAUGUUUGGAAUUAAGAAUUUCUCUGCUAUAAUUAAUCCACCUCAAGCAUGUAUUUUGGCAGUUGGUGCUUCAGAGGAUAAACUGGUGCCAGCAGAUAAUGAAAAGGGGUUUGAUGUGGCUAGUGUGAUGUCUGUUACACUCAGUUGUGAUCAUCGAGUUGUGGAUGGAGCAGUUGGAGCCCAGUGGCUUGCUGAGUUUAGGAAAUACCUUGAAAAGCCUAUCACCAUGUUGUUAUAAUUAAGCCAAUAAUUUCUAGACUUUCCCAGGUGACACUGGUUCAUUCUUAUCAAGAUAUUUAUAUGUUAUUAAACAGAUGGUUCUUUUAAAGUUAA